AUGAGUUUUAAUUACGAAGAUCCCUUAGGAUUUACAAAAAGAACAGCAUCAAUACUUGAUGGCCUUGGUGCUGGUGAAAUUGUUAAUGAAUUUAAAAAACGUCAUAUAUCAACCGAUGCACUUGGUAAAUUAACAAAAGAUGAUUUUAUAAAACUCGGUGCAAGUAAUGAGCUUGCUGACAGUAUGUAUCAACAAUUUAAUCUUAAAAAUCAGUAUCGUCAAUUACUUGAUUCUAAUGAUGAUAACAGGCUUAAAGAUUUAUAUGACAUAUUAAAAACAGGAAGAGAACAUUUACAUUUAAUAAGUGCAUUUCUUACAUAUGCAAAUAAACGAGUAAGAAUGAGUCCAAAUGAUUUUAUUGUUAAUCAAAAUAAAAAUGAACGUGCUAGUAAAAUUUUAGCCCAAGCAACAAUUGCAACACUUCAUGAAAUUGAUCAGGUCGAGUAUCAUAUUUCACAAUUAUUGUCACAAAUUCGCAAGGCUGAUCAAAAACAACGCAAUGUGAGGGCUUACUUGCUAACUGUUGGAGGUUUGGGGCUUUCUUUGGCUUUGUUGUAUCGUUGGAGAUACUACUAGUUCAUCUUCUUUUGUGUAUU